GCGUAAGACAGUCCUAAGACAGUCCUGUCCAGUGUCCAGUUCACACACUCACACCUAAGACUUUGUCCGUGUACCCAAUUGUCUGAGAGUGAGAGGAGAUUCGAUUCGAGUUCUUAAUUCUCACGCACUAUACUAUUCGAAACGUUUCGGCCGCCAGAACAAAAUAAAUACGUUUCGAUCAUAAAACCCCCUCACUUCAACCAUAAAACCCUAAAACCGCCAUUUUCAAAUCCAACUCCAGAAGGCAGUAGCUUCCAGUUGUGUUGCAGAGAUGUAUGUAUGCGUUCCUCAGUACGUCUCCAUCAAAGUCCCCGCCAUUCCUCGUUUCGGUUCGUCAAGGAGGGACUUCAAAGUUCCGGCUAUUUCAAUGACUGCAAGUGAAGUCUCCAAUCACAUUCCACCAGCUCCCAUUUUCCUUCCUCAAGGGCCUUGGAAGCAGAUUCCCGGCGGAGUUACAGCUGCAGAAGGAUUCAAAGCUGCAGGUUUGUACGGUGGUCUUCGCGCCAAAGGUGACAAGCCUGAUCUCGCACUUGUCACUUGUGAUGUCGAUGCCACUUCUGCUGGGGCAUUUACCACGAAUGUGGUAGCAGCUGCACCAGUGUUAUACUGUAAAACAGUAUUAAAUACUUCCAAAACGGCACGGGCAGUUUUGAUAAACGCUGGUCAAGCCAAUGCAGCGACGGGUGAUGCAGGUUACCAAGAUGUAAGAGAGUCCGUCAGCAGCCUUGCUAAGCUACUUCAAAUGAAGCCUGAGGAAGUGCUGAUUGAAUCCACUGGUGUGAUUGGCCAAAGGAUAAAAAAGGAAGCACUUCUAAAAUCUCUUCCAAAACUGGUUAAUUCACUAUCAGCAUCAACUGAGGGGGCAGAUGCUGCAGCAGUGGCAAUCACAACAACCGACCUCGUUAGCAAGAGUGUGGCAAUUCAGUCUCAGGUUGGAGGGACAGAUAUAAGAAUUGGGGGAAUGGCAAAAGGUUCCGGGAUGAUCCACCCCAAUAUGGCUACCAUGCUUGGAGUAAUAACAACUGAUGCAAUGGUUAGCAGUGAUGUUUGGAGAAAAAUGGUUCAAGUUGCUGUCAACCGAAGUUUCAACCAAAUAACAGUAGAUGGAGAUACGAGUACCAAUGACACUGUCAUUGCGUUAGCUAGUGGAUUAUCUAGAUCAACCAAGAUAUCUUCCUACAACAGUAAUGAAGCAGUACAACUUCAAGCAGGCCUUGAUGUGGUAAUGCAAGGUCUUGCCAAAUCCAUAGCUUGGGAUGGAGAAGGAGCAACAUGCCUAAUUGAGGUAACGGUGACUGGUGCAGACAGUGAGCCUGAAGCAGCAAAAAUAGCACGGUCGGUGGCAUCUUCUUCACUAGUAAAGGCUGCAGUAUAUGGCAGAGAUCCAAACUGGGGACGCAUCGCUGCUGCUGCAGGCUAUGCAGGAAUAUCUUUUGACCAAACCAAGCUCCGAGUAUUGCUAGGGGAUAUUCUGCUCAUGGAUGGUGGGGAACCACAAUUAUUUGACAGGGGUGCAGCCAGUGACUACCUCAAGAAGGCUGGUGAGAUCCAUGGCACAGUUGCAAUCAAUGUAUCUGUGGGUGAUGGUCCGGGACGAGGUCAAGCAUGGGGCUGUGAUUUAAGUUAUGAUUAUGUUAAAAUUAAUGCCGAGUACACAACAUAAAGUACUCGUCAUUGUGUAAUGCCCGACUGGAAUUUCAAAUGAGAUAUUUAUCAGUCUAGUCUUCAA